CUCCUUGGGAGAUUCUUCAUCCUCAGGACCGAUCAUCAAACCCUGAGAUGGAUGAGAACCCAGCCUGUACUUUCUGACACCCUCAAGCGUUGGAUCGAAGUCAUUGAGCAGUAUGACUUUGACCCUCAGUAUCUGAAAGGGGAGUACAACAAGGUUGUGGAUGCCUUGUCUCGUAGACCUGAUUUCUCAGGUGCGCUGAUUACUGAGUUUAAUCUGACGGACUAUGUUACUCAGUCCUUGGUGGAAGCCUAUCGCGAGGACCAGUUUAUGUCCGAGAUCAUACGUAGACUCCAGGCAAAGGACAAGAAGACCUCUGCCGAGUUUGAGUUGGUCAAUGGCUUGUUGUUCCUUCAGAAGGAGGGGAAUAAACGAUUGUGUGUCCCAAGUAGCGAGUCUUUGCGUAGUUUGUUUUUAGGAGAGUGUCAUGAUGCCACUGGUCAUUUUGGGUACAAGAAGACCGCAGCCAAUCUGCUGCAGCGGUUCUGGUGGCCCACGGUGAUGCGAGAUGCCCAGCUGUACGUGGAGACUUGUCAGGUAUGUCAAAGAGACAAGCCCCAUACUCAGGCUCCUCUUGGGCUCCUGAAGCCCCUUCCGAUUUCUGAACGGCCUGGUGAGAGUCUGUCCAUGGACUUCAUGGAUACUCUGAUCACCAGCAAGAGUGGGAUGCGACACAUCUUCGUCAUCGUGGAUAAAUUUAACAAGUAUGCUAGGUUAGUGGCAAUGUCGGAAACAGCCAGAACGGAGUACGUGAUCAGAAUGUUUAAAGAGAACUGGGUCAGGGACUUUGGUUUCCCGAAGUCUAUUAUUAGUGACAGGGAUGUCUGGUUCACCAGCGAGUUGUGGAAGGCCGCUGCUGCAGAGCAGGGAAGUCAGUUGCAGAUGACUUCUGGGAAUCACCUAGAGGCCAACAGUCAGGCUGAGCAACUGAACCGCGCUGUACAACACCUGUUGAGGCAUUACAUCAAGCCCAACCAGGUGGACUGGGAUGAAAAGCUUGCUCUCAUCACCAGCUUGUACAACAACGUUGUGCACAGCGCCACCAGGGUGAAGGAGGUGGAGGAGGAAGACGGUGCAAAGGUGCUUGGCUGUGGUGGAUGGGUCAAGGAGGUGGACGUGGAGGACGGUGCGAAAGUACUUGGCUAUGGCGGAUGGGUGAAGGAGGUGGAGGAAGAGGAAGGUGCAAAGGUGCUUUAUUAUGGUGGAUGGGUAAAGGAGGUAGAGGAGGAGGAAGGGGCGAAGGUGCUUGGCUAUGGUGGAUGAUGGGUGGAGGUGGACGGGGAGGAAGGUGCGAAGGUGCUUGGCUAUGGUGGAUGGGUGAAGGAGGUGGAGGGAGAAGGUGUGAAGAUGCUUGGCUAUGGUGGAUGGUUGAAGGAGGCGGAGGAGCAGGAAGGUGCGAAGGUGCUUGGCUAUGGUGGAUGCGUGAAGGAGGUGGAGGUGGGAGAAGGUGCGAAGGUGCUUGGCUAUGGCGGAUGGGUGAAGGAGGUAGAGAUGGAAGAAGGUGUGAAGGUCCUUGGCUAUGAUGGACGGGUGAAGGAGGUCGAGGUGGAAGAAGGUGUGAAAGUACUUGGCUAUGGUGGACGGGUGAAGGAGGUGAAGAUGGAACAAGGAGGUGGAGGAGGAAGAAGGUACGAAGGUNUGGAGGAGGAAGAAGGUACGAAGGUGCUUGGCUAUGGUGGAUGGGUGAAGGAGGUGGAGGUGGAAGAAGGUGUGAAGGUACUUGGCUAUGGUGGACGGGUGAAGGAGGUGAAGGUAGAAGAAGGCGUGAAUGUACUUUGCUAUGGUGGACGGGUGAAGGUGGUGAAGGUGGUGAAGGUGGAAGAAGGUGUGAAGGUACUUGCCUAUGGUGAAAGGUUGAAGAAGGUGGAGGUGGGAGAAGGUGGGAAGGUACUUGGCUAUGGUGGAUCCUGAACUUCUGGUCUCUCCCUAUUUGCGUUGUGUCGACGCCCAAACUAUAAAAAACUCCAGACUUGUGAAAUUAAGA